CACCCCAGCCCCGACCAUGCUACCGAAGAGGAUGGUGAAGAUGCUGCUGGUCGUCGUGGCGUUCCAGUUCGCUGCCAUCACCCUCUUCUUCCAGCUGCAGAUCCAACGCCGAGGCCCCUGCUCCGGGGAGGAGACCGGGACCCGCGUGCACGUGCUGAUCCUGUCCUCGUGGCGCUCGGGCUCCUCCUUCGUGGGGCAGCUCUUCAGCCAGCACCCGGACGUCUUCUACCUGAUGGAGCCCGCCUGGCACGUGUGGGAAGCCCUGUCUCAGGGCAGGGCCACCGUGCUCCACAUGGCCGUGCGGGACCUGGUGCGUUCCGUCUUCCUCUGCGACAUGGACGUCUUCGAUGCCUACAUGGGCCCCGGCUCCAGGAAACAGUCCAGCCUCUUCCAGUGGCCGGUCAGCCGGGCCCUCUGCUCCCCGCCGGCCUGUGGCCUUUUCCAGCGGGAUGACAUCAUCGGUCAGACCGACUGCAAUACCGUGUGCGGACAAGAGCCCUUCACGGUGGUGGCGGAGGCCUGCCGCUCCUACAGCCACGUGGUGGUCAAGGAGGUGCGCUUCUUCAACUUGCAGGUUCUCUACCCGCUGCUGACCGACCCCUCCCUCGACCUGCACGUCGUCCAUCUGGUGCGCGACCCCCGGGCCGUGUUCCACUCCCGAGAGGCCACCGGCAGUUACCUGACGCGGGACACACGGAUCGUACUGGGGCAGCAGUGGGAGAGCAGCAAGGAGGAGGACCGACCCUACCGCUUCAUGGAGGCCAUCUGCCAGAGCCACAGGGAGAUCUUCGAGGCCGCGCGGGCCCUGCCCGCCUCCCUGCGGAGCCGUUACCUGCUGCUGCGCUACGAGGACCUGGCCCGGGCCCCGCUGGCCCAGGUCUCCCGGCUGUACAACUUCACGGGGCUCCACUUCCUGCCUCGCCUUCAGCAGUGGGUGCACAACGUGACCCGCGGCCGGGGCCUGGGGCAGCACCCGUUCCACACGAACGCCCGGAGCGCCCUCAACGUCUCCCAGGCCUGGCGCUGGUCCCUGCCUUACGAGAAGGUGGCCCGCCUGCAGGACAUCUGCAAGGAGGCCAUGGCCCUGCUGGGCUACCGGCCCGUCCUUUCUGAGCGGGAGCAGGGGGACCGGUCACUGGACCUGCUGACCACCAUGAGGCCCUUGCAGCCGAGCGGCCCGGGGCCCUGAGCUGAAGCUCCGUUCUGCCCGGCAAUCCAACCUCGGCAAAGGGCACCGGGAACUUUCCGAUCCUGGACCUAACCGCCCUCUCUGGGUUCAGAGAUGCUGUGGAUGUGUUUAGCUACACACGCCUAUUCAGAGACGGUUUGAAGUGUUUCUCCUAGGUCCCUAAAUAUUUUGCCAUUUUGCUUCGGUGGCAAACGAAACCAACACAGAAGAUCGAAAAAGAAAGAGAGAGAUACAGGAGAGCAGCGGAAAAAAGAAGGAACAAAUAAAGUUGUUUUUGUUUUUUUUUUAAAGAAAGCCCUCGUAGGAUCAUAAAGACAGGGACAGGGGAAAACCAAAGCAGUGUGAAUUCAAAGGUCUGAGGUCUGGCCUGUCCUCACCAUCUUCCCCUUCUUCCCAACAACCAUUCGACGAGGGAUUAGCUGUUCCACAGAGCACAGAACUCAAGUUGCUAUCCAUCCUUCUCUUGGUAGCAUACAUAACACUUGAACCCUACUUGAAGCCAACAGAGAAUUCAAAUAUCUCCCACUGAGGGAUUAGCUGUACCACAGAGCACAAAACUCAAAUCGUCACUCUCGGUAGGACAGAUCACUUUAACCUUACUUGAAACCAACACCAUCAGGGAGAGCUGGCUGCCACUCCACACCAGGACUCCCCUUUUUACAGGUCUGCAUCCCCCUUCACAACCCUAAGUCUGAAAGUCUGAGACGCAGCCUGACCUAAUGGAUACAACCUGGGCCUGGCAGUCGGAAGGACCUGGGUUCUAAUCCCUACUCCCCCAUACAUCUCUCUGUGUGA